AUGGACACUAGCGAGCGCUCCGAAUCAAAGAAUCGAUCUCAUCGGACUUCUUCUCGACGACGUGAGAAGGAUCGAUCAGCCAAAGCCAGAGCGAGGAAAAGCGAUGGUCCUGCGAAGGUUGGGGCUGUAGCUGUCGGCGUUGUAGGCAACUCGAAGGAAGAUAAGAAACAACGUUCAAGUCGUCGACACAAAGAAGAUAAAGAGGCCAAAGACAGAGCCAAAUCUAGUCGACGAUCUGAAGCAGAUCACGAUGCCAAGCGGAGAGCUAGACCCUCUUCUCGGUCUAUUUCCCCAAAGCCUGGGGCAGUAGCAUCAAGUUCAAAAUCUGAUAGAGCUUCUCGCAAGGCAACGCCUGGAGCUGUCUCGGCCAGUCCAAAAUCUGACAGAGCUUCCCGAAAGGCAAUACCUGGAGCCGUCUCAGCGAGUCACACAGAUAGAGCUUCCAAGAGGGAAAUGGAUAAGGGUAAGGGAUCCGUGAUGAAAUCCGUCUCUUCCGUCUCUUCAAGCACAAACGACCGUAUCCGUCAAAAGAUUUUGGAGGAGGAUGAUGGAAAAGAAGCUACAAUCACCUUACCACCCCUAGCUGAAAACAACCAAGAAGAGACAACCUUGGUGGCUGAAGCUGUCGACGAGUAUGACGAGGAAAAUGCCCAUGUCAAGAAACUGGCAAGUGAAAACGAGAGGCUUCGUCAGCAGAUGAAUCAAAUUCAGGAUGAAAGAAACCAAGGCAACGAAGAGCCUGAACCUACCGAACCAAAAAAGAAAGCCUUCUUCAAUCGUUAUGUCGUGUGUGCGAUUGUUCUUCUUUUGAUUGGUGGUGGCGCCGCUGCGGGAGUUCUUGUAUCGGGGGGCGGAUCGGAUGAAGACCCCGUCGUGCCCACAACUUCUACUAACCCAACACUUGGUCCAACAUUUAUUACCGCCACCAAUGUUCCGACAGAUUUGACCAGUGAUCCAACGGGUGCGCCCACAACAGAUCAACUGUACAACCCCCCAUCUCUUGCAGAUUGUGCUGCAAUCAUGAAUGGAGAGCCAGUUGAAGAUCAAGAAAACAUGUCUGUGCGGAACUUUCAACUUCUCAUGGAUGUCUCCCUAGUCGAUGGAUUGGAGCUCGACAAUACAGGAGUCACUGAAGUUGAAACCAAGACGCGAGAGAAUCUCCUGCCCGAGCUGGUUGGAUGCCCCAUCGAGCGUCGAGCUCUAGCAGAAAAAGGGCUCUUGGAGAGAAGACUUGCAAGUGUCGACUUCAUCAUCGGAGAUGCCAAGAUUGUCGCCGAAUACGAAGUGGGUGGAUCCUGUGACGACGGUACUGAUGAUCCAGGUUCAUGUUUUAGGUUGAUUUUCCGAUUGGAAAUCUUUUUGAAAGGAAACGAGGGGAUAUACUUGAUUGGUCGGAUCCUUGAGGUAUUUGGAACAGAUUCAUUGGUCCAAAAGCUGGGUUUGGAUGAAGCAAGUUACCAAGCUGUAAUACUUGCAUCUGUUACUACUCUGGAAGAAACAGGUGUCCCAAGCUUCUCUCCUUCUGCAAUGCCCAGUGCUUCUCCAACAGAUGCGCCAAGCAAAUCCCCUUCUACAUUCCCGACACCAGCCCCCUCUUCUAACCCGACUCUGGCUCCUGUCAUUGGUCCCACCACUUCCGAACCGACCGAUUUGCCUUCUUCCGUUUCAUCCCAUUCUCCGACUGGUAUUCCGACCUCUCUACCAACCAAAGUCCGUACCUUGGCACCAUCCAUUGCAUCAUCAGAAACCCUUCUUACAAUGAAUCCAACUGUGAGCGUAUCUGGAACACCCACCUCGACGCCCAGCAAUUUGCCAAGCUCUCUACCAUCAAGAGCGCCAUCUUCCAUGCCUUCUGGAACCCCGUCGUUUUUGCCUUCCAACAUUCCGUCAGCAAGUCCUUCCAAAACUCCAACUGACAUUCCUUCGGCAAGACCUUCUGCUGUACCUUCGUCUACUCCUUCCACCUCCGAGCCAUCCUUCCGGCCCUCUGAGACUCCAGUCGAUUUGGUCACUGGAAGCGCAUUGUUCACAUCGUCGAGUUUUCGUACUACUACUAAUGAUUCAGGUCCCAAUCCACUGACGGCAGAAAAAGCAAACGAUGGAGCAUACAACUACGGCAGUUGCUUUCGAUCAAGAGACGGAGCCGGCCAGUGGUGGCAGGUGGACCUGGGACUGACCGGAACUGUAACAAGCAUUACAGUUUCGACUUACAACUCCAAUGCGGGAGCUUGGGCAUAUAUCAAAGGGUCGCUGCUUGAAUUGUUGGACAUCAAUGGAAAUGUUCUGUCCACCACCACUCUUACCCUUGGUGAGACGAGGGAUAUUCGCGACGAGACCGUGACAUUUGAAGGUGGUGGUGUUGAAAAUGUUGCCAGCGUGAAGAUUACCAAAACGCUAGAAGAAGGGGAUCUCUACGUCUGCGAGGUCGAGGUCGUAGGGUACAUUCAGUAA